GGUCUUCCAGCCUAUGACACACCUGAAGUGUUUGGUCUCCACCCAAAUGCAGACAUAACAUUUCAGAGUAAACAGGCUAAAGAUGUGCUGGAUGCCAUUCUCAAUAUUCAGCCAAAAGACAGCUCCUCAGGAGGAGGGGAGACCAGAGAGGCUGCGGUGUCCAGACUGGCUGACGACAUGCUGGAGAAACUGCCUCCUGACUACGUACCAUUUGAAGUACAGGAGCGUCUUCAGAAGAUGGGUCCCUUUCAACCCAUGAACAUCUUCCUCCGCCAGGAGAUUGAUCAGAUGCAACGGGUCAUAGCUCUGGUCCGAAACACUCUAAUGGACCUCAGGCUGGCAAUCGAUGGGACGAUCAUCAUGAGCGAGAACCUGCGUGAUGCUCUGGACUGCAUGUAUGAUGCACGCAUUCCUGCACGCUGGAAGAAGGCAUCAUGGGCCUCCAGCACCCUGGGGUUCUGGUUCACAGAGCUGCUUGAGCGGAACCACCAGUUCCAGGCUUGGAUAUUUGAGGGCCGACCUAACUGCUUCUGGAUGACGGGCUUUUUCAACCCGCAGGGCUUCCUGACAGCAAUGAAACAGGAGAUUACUCGCGCCAACAAAGGCUGGGCCUUGGACCGCAUGGUGCUGCGUAACGAGGUAACCAGGUGGAUGAAGGAUGACAUCAACAACCCGCCUGGAGAGGGGGUGUAUGUGUACGGUCUCUACCUGGAGGGGGCCGGCUGGGACCGCCGCAACUGCAGACUUGUAGACUCAAAGCCCAAGGUUCUCUUUGAGAUGAUGCCGGUGAUCAGGAUGUACGCAGAGAAUAAUGGAGUGAGGGAUCAACAGAACUAUUCUGCUCCAAUUUACAAGAAGCCAGCAAGAACAGACUUGAACUACAUUGCAGCUGUGGAUCUUAAAACUGUGUUUCCUCCAGAGAAAUGGAUCCUCAGGGGUGUGGCUCUUCUCUGUGAUGUUAAAUAAUUUCUUCAUGUUUAUUAUAAAUAUAACACAAUAAAAUUGUUGCAUUUGAAAAUAAG